GAAAAAACUUCAUCCUUCCGUAGGCUGGUACCUAUAGGUAUAGGAGACCCUCAGGGACCUACACGGUACAUGUGAUCAAAAAUGAUACUGCCUCCCAGACGACAGGCCCGUUGAGUCUUCUUUCACUCUAACUCAUCGGGUAAGGGUCACUAGACCCACCCGUCAAUGUAAACGUUCCUUUUUGUCGCUCGUCGGAGUCGUCGCAGCUAACGAUUCUCCUAAGACCCAUUCCCCGCGCACCGUCGUCAGCAUGAAGCGCUCACAUGUGGAAGAUGCUGCGCCUGAUCAUUUGAUGGCUUGGGCCGAAGAGCACCUGGGUGGGCAGAUUAAGUUGCGGGGCCGUCGAGGUUACGCGACCAGACUGACCAGAUACCAGACGCGGCGAUUAUCAUCUAAAGGACAGCUGGAAUAUGUUCUUCAUGAUCGAGCUCCUCAGCAGUGCAGUGUAGAAAGUGUCCACGGUGGUUGCGACGCAGACUUAUGCAGUCCUUCUGCGUCUUGUCGACAGCCGAGAGAAGACUCCCGUCAUCGCCAUCAAUUACGACGGUUUGCCAUACACAAUGGACCUCAUGUACAUGUUCUGGCGCACCUUCAGCCUGGAAGUGGGAGUGGACAAGCCCCUCAAGUACCAUCACAUUCCGCCACGCGACCCAUGGCUCCCCGACAUGACCAAACCAAGAUGACCACCAACGCUCUGAUGGAUGCCUCCCUUGCAGGCUUUCAGCUGGAAGACCAACCGCUCAUCAGCGCAGCGCUCGCUAACAUGCGGUCAGGUUUCUUCGACGGCAUCGUGUCUUCAAAUGAGUGGGUGAAAGUCAUCAAGCGUGCCUACAAGAUGGGGUGUAUCAAUGCAGAGCACGCUGAAGUGCAGCGGUGUGUCCUGUUGGCGGCGGGUCAGUAUUACCGCUCUGCCUUUUCGUCCGCAUGGGUCAUCGGGCAAGCCUUUCUGGCUGCUCCAGCAAGGUCUGAAGACCUCCGGCGUGGUUGGAAGUAUACCGUGGAGUGGUUCGAGAAGUAUGGAAGCCGCCAAACUGGAAGUCGACAUAAUUAGCGGUGUUCGCGCAGCGUUUUCGGGCAAUCUUCGGUGAUCUCAACAACACGGAAGUACAUCUAGGGAUGAAAACAUGUAGCCCCUGAAUUUCGCAGGAGUGUGGCAGUGUCGACGUCGUCCUUUCUGUGUCCAUGGGAAGCUCUAA